UAACACGGGAAGUAGACGUGUUGUAGUGGCAGAAUUUUGAAAUGACAGAGUAAAGCUACUGCUCUUCAUAGCAUGCUGAACAGUUUGCAUUUGAGAUGAGACAUAUGGUGUGUACUGAAUUUUUUUGAAAUGGUCGCGCAACGGAGAGGGAACGUAAAAGUUAAUGGCGAUGCCGCUAUAGAGAAAAAAAUUAAAAGGGGAAAUGCACAGAGACAAGCAUCUCAAUGGAAACGGAGAGCUGGCACCUUGUGGUGUGCAGUGCUAACUGCAGUCGCCACACUGGGUUGGUGGUACUUUACCUUGGACCAGGACAUCACAGAGACGUUGGUCUCACGCAGUGUAGUUCUUCAGCGGCCAAAGGUCUUCCCUGUGCAAUGCUCAGAAGAUUAUGAGAACUACAAGCGCUUCCCAGGCUGCACACCACUGUCAUGUGCAAGAGCAGUCACAGACACUGUCGUCACCAGAGAAGAGGCGCUAGCUCUCAGGCAGCUUGCUGAAAGAGGGCUGGCACUGGGGGGAUCUGAAGGAGGGGCCUCUAUACUGGACCUGCACUCAGGGGCUCUGUCCAUGGGCCAACAGUUUGUUAACAUCUACAAGUAUUCAGGAGCGCAAAUCAAAGAUGUUUUCUCAAAGGAGGAUUUUGAUCUCUACAAAGACGUGCGCAGCCGCAUCCAGGGGAUGAUCGCGGACACCUUUGGCCUGGACUCGUCUCGCAUGUACCUCACCAAGCCGACCUUCUUCUCCCGCAUCAACAGCACUGAGGCCAGGACCGCUCAUGACGAGUACUGGCACCCCCACAUCGACAAGGUGACGUAUGGCUCCUUUGAUUACACCUCGUUACUCUACUUAUCUGACUAUGGGUCAGAUUUUGGUGGGGGUCGCUUCAUUUUCAUUGACGCCAGUGGGAACCGAACAGUGGAACCAAGAGCAGGGCGAGUGUCUUUCUUCUCAUCGGGCUCAGAGAACCUGCACCGCGUGGAGAAGGUGACCUGGGGCACUCGCUACGCCAUCACCGUGUCCUUCACCUGUGACCCCGACCACGCCAUAGACAACCCUACCCUGCCUUCACCUGUGACCCAGAUCACGCCAUAGACAACCCCGCCCUGCCUUAGAGCUGCGCUGCUCAUGCCAUGACAAGUGGAAGUUGCAAGUCCCCAUUGGCUGGUAGGACAUCUGGAGGAGGAAAUGCCACAUAGCUAAAGCGGAGGAAGAGGACUUGUGAGGCACAGGCAGCUACAAGUUUAAGCCUUGGCUAAAGUUCUAGUGUGCAUGGCUUCUUUGCCUCCAUCUAAGCUUGUGUUGUGCAGGAUAUUUAGAGUUAGUCUAUGCCAAGAUGGAUAAAUAGCCUUAUUUUUAAAGAUUUUGACAUUCCAGUUCAUUCACAUUCCUGAUUUAAUCCAUCAUCAAAAUAGUUUUAAUUGAUGUGAGAUAAUUUCUUCUGCUUUUACUUUUACACAAUCAUAGCAAUUCUGAGAGGAUUUAUGUUGAAAAUGUAAUAUUGCCAGCGAUUGACACUGACAGAUACUGUCGCGGUUUUCUUUCUUUGAUUAAAAAAAACGAAAUCCUCUCCUGUGGAGAACCAUAUCAGCCAUUUUGUAUCCCAUAGGAUGGUGACCAUUUGACUUUCUCCUUGGGUGUGGUGACCCCUACAUGAGGCCAAUUGUUCCUCAAUUAUGAAUGUGGCCUUGUAUAGAUUUUAUUUGGGAAAGACUAAAUAAAGUUAAACAAGAUAAUACCAAGCUAUUUGCAAAUCCAUCAUGUGAUCGUUGAUGCUAUUCAUAAAGAUUUUUUAAUGAUGGUUAUGACAGCAUAACAAACUUCAGAAAACGUUUACAUAUGGAGUAACCGUGGGUAACAGCACAUGAAGUUGUACUUACCAAGUGUUAGCACAUGAUAAUCAGAACUGAAGAAUCUGUACAUACACUGUAAAUACACAAUAUGCAUUCAUUUGUAUUAUUGUUCAGGUUUUAAAUGAUUAAAUGUUGUGUUCGUUGCUUUGGAUCAAAGCCUCUGCCAAAUUCUUAAUCAUAACCAUAUUUCAUACUGUAAGCACAAUGUAUUGUUACAUCGUGCAUCGCCCUCAGCUCACUGCAGAUACUUCGAGGUUCGUGAGGCACUCAGCAAUGCAAAGAAACCCUCAUUAGAAUUCUGAGGUGCACAUCAGCAUCAUCAGUUCCUAAACUCCUUGCGGUAGCCUCAGAUAAUUGUGACUCUACUCAACAAAUUAUGAAAUAUUUCUCAGAAGUUUGUGCAGAAUCUGUCUUAUAAAAAAUGUAAUAUACCUCCACAACAAUGGAAAGGUGAUGCUUUGGAAAAAAAAUAAACAAGAAGUGCUACAGACCAAAACGGCAAGAUGCACAAAACUGCCCUGCAUCCACUAAUGUGUACUAGUAUACACACUGUACAAUAUGUGUGUGUAUACUAGUACUUUGUAUGAAGUUUCUAGUAAACUGAAGGCACAGUGGGAGAUACACUGAGAAAGAAUAUUUAAUUCUGGGUAGUGAAAUAUUAGGAAUAAAUAAAUUAGGAGUUUGUUACCCAGUUAAUGUUUUAUUAUUAGCCCCUCUAUGCAUCAGUCAUGAUUUAAAAGGAAUUUUGGAAGGAUUGAAGAGUACAGCAGAGCUAAUUCAAUUGCAUGGGUGAGUUGAGAUAUAAUUAGAUGGGCUAUGCGGACGAGGAAAGAAGAAGGAAGGAAAAGCUAGGAUUGGAUUCAACAAUUUUUACCCACUCAAAGGAAAAAGGGAAGUUUUGUGAGAGUUGAAUGAAAAAAGAACCUGGAGGAGUAUCUUCAAAGGGUAUAUACUGACCAUCAGAGCCAUGUGGAUUUCGUGUAACCUGCAGACAUUCCUUCAGUUGGAGAUAUAGGUCCACCUAUUGACAGUGGCUCAGGUGGGGAGAGGUGCAAGAGGUUGUGCGUUGUGCAAGGGCUGCAUUGGCUCCUGGCCCUAAUGGGGGAUCUUAUCGCGUCUACACGAGGAGCACAGGGAGCGCCUGAUGUUUUGAAAUAUCUGUGGAAGCUUAUGGCGUUUGUAUGGAAAGAAAAGGAACAAUUCUGAGGAUGUGGCGUCGGACAGGUGGAGGGGAACGCUGUGAAGGCUACAUAUUUUAGGUACACAGUGCACUGAAUACAGAAACAGAAUCAGACAUAUUGUCUGUGGACAGGUUGGUAGACAAGUUGAGAAUAGUGUUUGAGACCUGUGUAUUAUUGUUCACUAUGGCGGUGUGCCUGUAUGCAAAUGUUAUGAAAUGAACAUAGUUUAAGAGGUGACUCAAUCUUUUGAGCUUUGGGAUUGUAAUUUGAGUACUUGUUUUGACAGCCUCACUGUUGUGAUGUGAGAACUUCUAAAGUGGCUCUCACUUUCCCUGGUACAGUGAUUAAAGUGCCUGUUCCUUGACGCUGAGUUGACCUGUUUGGUAUUUUUUCCAGCAGCAUCAGAUGAAGGCAGGGCACCUGGUUACCUCCCAUUCAAGCUUAUAUGGAAGACAUGAUGACGGUUGCAAGAACUGCUCAAUGUACCCGUACCUGUCGGAAUGACAAUGCGAAAUCUUGAAAUGUAUUUCGUUUUUCAUGCUCUUUUUUCUUUCUUUCUUUUUUUUUUUACUUAUUUUGUAUUGAUGCAUUGUAUUGUACAAGACAAUCAAAAGAAAAUAGUUAUACCGGUAAUUACAUUAACAUCCCUUACGGACACAGCAAGAGGAAAACUCCUUAGAACACAUAUUCAUACAUAUAACACAAAAGAAAAACAUAGAC